UCCACGGACACCUUCGAAGACCCAGGCGUUGAGGCUCACUCACUAAGGUGCAAUCCGUGAAUCUCCUGUCCCAGACAACCGGGAUCCGAGACAGAAUCUAGACCAUUUGGCUCCUCAAGCCCCAGACCCCGGAUCUCACCUGAGGACGUGAGCCAGUGAUGGGCUGGGACGAGGCGGGGUCCCAGCACCUGGGACUGUGGGUCCUGAUGAUGCUGGGGGUCCUUUUGCCGGAAGCCUGCCAGGCACACCCUAUCCCUGACUCCAGCCCCCUCCUCCAAUUCGGGGGCCAAGUUCGACAGCGGUUCCUCUACACGGACGAUGCCCAGGAGACAGAGGUCCACCUCGAGAUCAAGGCUGAUGGCACAGUGGUGGGGACCGCUCGCCGGAGCCCUGAGAGUCUCUUGGAGCUAAAAGCCCUGAAGCCGGGGGUAAUUCAAAUCUUGGGGGUCAAAACGUCCAGGUUCCUGUGCCAGGGCCCAGAUGGGACACUGUAUGGAUCGCUCCGCUUUGAGCCUGCAGCCUGUAGCUUCCGGGAACUGCUUCUGGAGGACGGAUACAACAUCUACCACUCGGAGACCCUCGGGCUCCCACUUCGCCUGCCCCCCCACAACUCCCCAUACCGGGACUCGGCCCCCCGGGCACCUGCCCGCUUCCUGCCACUGCCAGGCCUGCUUCCGGCACCCCCGGAGCCUCCAGGGAUCCUGGCCCCCGAGCCCCCGGACGUGGGCUCCUCGGACCCUCUGAGCAUGGUGGGGCCUUCCCAGGGCCGAAGUCCCAGCUACGCUUCCUGAAGCCGCAGCUGUUUGCUGUGGGGCCUCCUCUUUAUUUAUUGGGUUAUUUGUUAUUUAUCUUAUUUAUUUUUUUAUUUUGCCUACUUGGGAUAAUAAAGAAUCUGA